GAUAAACGGCGGUAGAGCAGUCUAUAUCAACUGCCAACCCCGAGGAGAGUCAGACAGCGUGCAAAAAGAAAAGAAAAAUGGCGGACAACAUUCAGCAGAUGCUUGCCGACCUGCAGGCGAAUCGCGCCAACAUUGCUGACAUCGUUAGUAAUUUGGAGAAUCAGCUGACAGCCCGCUGGGAAGAGCGGGAGGGAGCAAGCACCACUGACGAAGAAGCGAAGAAGCCAUCGGCGGGAAAAGCGGCUGGAGGUUCCAGCGGGAGUAAGAAAACAGCAGAUGAGCUGCCUCCAUCUGCGAGUUCGGCAACCGGCUCCCCGGAGACCGUCGGGAAGAUAAAACCUAAACCAGCUCAACAAGAUUCUCCGCCUCAGAGGAUAGGGCAGGUUAUUUCUAUCGCCGAACAGGUGAAGAAAGACCGUUUGAACGCCAAGCUCCAGGCGCAAUACCUUCGGGAAGCGACAGAGCACCAGGCGAAAUGUGAGAUUUUAGCCGAAAGGUUGAAAGCGGAGGUGGAGGAGACGAACAAGCUCCGGCAAGAGCGCGAGAAACGGCGGCAAGAGCGCGACCAGCUAGAGGGAAAGCUGGAUACGAUGCGGGCGACGCUGCGGGAGCAGGAAACCAACGCGCGAAACCGCUAUGACGUCACGGUCGAACGCGUGUGCAAAAUCUUCCUCGAACUGCAUCCGGAGCUGAGCAGCGUCUUGCGGCGCAUCGUUCUUGGGCAUUUAGUGCCGUUGGCUGACGAUGACAAGCGCUUCGACCAGUUGGAAAGGCUGUUCCGAAAAACGGUCCUCGAAGAUGGCGGUGAAAAGGAAAAGAAUGCGACGACGGCUAAAGCAAGUAGUCUGAGCGGAACUUCACCCACCCAGAAGUCGCCUGACGUGGUGUACGAGAACGUGAGCGGCAUGCGCAAGGGUGCGAAGCCAAUGUCCUACUCACCGCCAGGGCGAACUGGCACUAGUGCCGGUGUUUUUAAAAGUAACAAAGGGGCAAAGGGUAGCACUACAACUACUAGUGCGAUGGUACCAAAAGCUCAAGCUGGAGCUACGAAAGGAAGUAAACCUCCGGCAAAAUCGCCACCGGUGUCAAGCCCUCCACUAGCAAAAAGUGCUCGUCCUGGCAGCAAGGCUGGCGCGACAGCGGUACUUAUGUCCUAACAGGGUGUUGUUUUUAUCUUUAUGUCAACCGAAUUUUCACGGUGUGAAGACAAUCAACGACGAAGAAACGCGGGCGGUGUGAACACUGGCCAUCUUGCAUGUCAAGCAGAAUCUAGGUGGGAUUCAGUGUUUCUUAGUCGCAAUCAAUCUAUGGUGACUAUCGUCACAGCCUGUGGGGAAAAAUUUAGCGUUCCAAACAACACACAGAUUUUGAGUUCUCAGUCAAGGGGGUAAAACAUGAAAGUUCAAAUUUGUUCUAAUCACCCUAAAUUUAUGAAAAAUAUCAGAUCAACAAUCGUUGAUCGUCACUAGUAUACAGUGCGGGAUUAGAGUGAACUUCAUUUUUGUUCCUUCUCAUGAACAUCGUGAUUUGCAUGAGACCUCAUUUUGAAUCAUCAUCGUAGCAUCGUGAUUUACAUCGUGAUUUCAAUUUAGUCAAUUCAGAUCGGGAUGCUUGUCAAGAACAAAUUCUUGAUCAUGCUUACAUUCCCCCUUCCGAAUGAACGUGAAAUCAUCUCGAGAAAUCUUAGAUGUGAUGAAUUCGUGUGAAAUUCGAAUCAAUAAAUCCUAGAGAUUAUUGAAAUCGACAAAAUGAGCUUUCGCAAAUACUUCAUUAGCUUUUCUUGCGGGAGCUUUGAAGAUUUGGAUAUACUUCUCUCCUGGAAGUGGUUUUGUCAAUCCAUCCGCUAGAUUGAUAUCUGUGUUUACAUAGCACAAGUCUUUUACGUAGUCUCGUACUAGGUGUAGUCGAAGACUCAUGUGCUUGGAUCUUUUCGUGGCUACGGUUGUCUGACUCAACGCAAGCGCGGACUUGUUGUCGUUGAAGAUCAACGGUAGAGAUCCUGACUCUUGUUCUGAAAACCAGUUCAAAUAUCCUUGGUCCAUAGUCAUCCUUACACAGUCAUACAUCGCGCAAUACUCGGCUUCCAUUGUUGACGUAGCUCGAAUCGAUUGACGUUUCGACUUCCAACAGAUGGGAACUCCGCGUCGAUAUAGGAUUGUUCCUGACGUGGAUCGAAAACUUACAGAACAUCCUGCAAAAUCUGCAUCGCAGAAAGCAAUAGUGUCUCUGUAUUCCUUGUUUUCUAGCUCUGCGGCUUUUGUGUAGAUUUCUUUGAACUUUUUCUCUUGCUGCUUGCUGUAUUCCAAUCCUUGCGAUUUGGUUCCUUUCAAAUACGCCAGAAUACGCUUAGCAUCUUUUACCGUUUGGUCGGUUGGACUAGCUACCUGCGUCGCUACUCUUUGUACUGCGAAUGCGAUAUCAGGCCGGGCAACGCAACUGAUAUACAACAUUCCGCCUACUAGCGAUCUUAUCGGAAAUGUGGAAUUCGACGGCGAGUCCAAGUCUGCGUGGGAAUUUGGUAAACAUGGGGAAACUACUGCGCGGCAGUCCUUCAUGUGAAAUUUCUCAAGCAGCUUAUCAAUUGCGUCUUCGCAAGUGAUUUUCAUGACUCUCUUUUUCGCGUUGAAGGUCAACUUUGCGCCGAGAAGGUCGCGGAUCUCAUUGCCUUCCUUGUCAUAUUCUGCGAGAAUUUCUUUUCCUGGGAACUCUGCUAAAAUUGCAUUCAUUUCUGCAGCGACAAGGUCAUCAUCUUCGCCUGAGAUAAUGUUGUCAUCUACGUAAACUGCUAGCCAGAGCUCUUGCUCUUUUCCCUGUUUGUCUUUUGCAAACUUCUUGAACAAACCUGGUUCGUGUUCGGAUACAACCCAGCCUAACUUCUUGAGUCUGCCGGAAUAUUCGUCAUACCAGCGGCGUGGGCUGAUCUUCAGACCGUAUAACGACUUUAACAGCCUGACAACAUCGCCUUUUUCUUUGUUCUUGCUCCAGCUGUUGUGCUUGGGCAGGCGACAUAACACGAUCUCGUCACCUAGAGCUGCACGCACAAACGCAUUUGAAAUAUCGAACUGUCUAACUUUCCAUCCGCGUGCUGCUGCUUCAACAAGUAAAUACCUGUUAGCGGCAUGGCUCACAGUUGGGCUGUAUAUUUCUCCUUGAAGAGAUAGCUUUUGCCUGUUUCCUAGUGCUACGAGACGACACUUGUAGCGUCCGUCUCUCUUCUUCGUGUAGAUGCAUACCGUCGGGAUAAUCUCUAACUUAUCACCCAUCUCUUUGAUGUCUUCUGCGGUUGCAUGCCUCCACGUAUUUGCUUCUUCUAGCGCUAGGCGUUCUUUCGUAUCUGACUCGAUCCAUUUGAUUGCGUCAGGACUUUCCAGACACUUGGCCCAAGUGUGCUGCAAGCCAAAGAGGUAAGGAGUUUCGUCCUCCUCUAAUUCAUGACGAAUCUGGAAUAUAGCUUCUGCUUCUUUUUCAAAUUCCAUCGGUAGAUCUUUCAAAAGGUCAGAUGACGACACAAGAUUGACUUUCUGCCUUUUCUUUGCUCGAGGGCCACGACUUUGGCCUUUGUCGUUGCGUUCUUUGCGCUUUUUCUUGUCAUGCCCUCGGCCCUUCUUGCGAAGUUUCUUUCGUGUAGGUCCUUCAACGAGGAUCCUAGGCGCUUCUUGUGUCUCGUUCUCUUUUUCAUCAGCAUCAACUGUAUUAGACUUUCUUUUUCGAUUUCCAUUCUCAGCUUUCUUUUUCUGCUUCGGGGAUUUUUCAGGCGCCUCCUCUGAAAACAAAUCGAGCCAAUCCUGAUUAGGGUUUUGAUUUUCCUCGCCCCCUUCCUCAGGUUGCUCACCCCCUUCGAAACUCUUGCCCUCGUCGUUUUCGACGGUUUCUUUUUCCUUCGAACUGCGUUUGUCCGCAUCUUCUUCAUCUUUCGAACGAUCGGUCCUCGGAGCGUCCUGACCACGACUGCUUUGAUCAUGAUCUACAGCGGGCACAUUCGGCUCUACGAGCUGCGAACUAUCACCCAGACGCGCCGGAUUCGGAAAAUCAAUUAACAACUUGUCAGCGUCCGGCUUCAGAUCAUCUAUCUUGCUGACCAGCACUGAUUCAUCAAACUUACAACACUUCACCUCGUGGACUCCGAAGCGGAUUUUGGAGCUUUUCUUACAUCGACCAUCUGCGGACCACAUGCCUACCAGGUAUGUAGAAUUUUCUUGGGCGUAGCCUAGAAAGAUUCCACGGGUAAACCGGUCUUCAAGCUUCGACUUCUGUGAGUGAUCCUUCGCGUAUACCAAGCAUCCGAAACGUCGGAAAUACUUGAUGGAAGGUUUUCUUUUGAAGCGUUUUUCAAAUGGCGACUCGCCUCCUUUGGCUGUAGGGGUUCGGGCGAAUAUGUGGGAGAAAGUGCGUGCUGCAUAACUCCACAUACGCUUAUCGACUCCGACCAUCAUUGCCCUCACUCCGUUCUGGUGAGUUUGAUUGUAUCUUUCAACUUUUCCAUUUUCUUGUGGUUCGUAUGGAGCUGAGUAGUCAGUAUGAAUCGGCGGGGACUGUUUCUGUGCUGUCUUUUUCCAAGUGCUACCUGGUUCCUUGAACUCUUUGGCAUUGUCGGAUCUCACUCUUUUCGGUGGUCCCUCUUCAUUUAUCCAGACCUGCAGCUUUGCGCCUGCUUCUGCUUUGCUCUUGCAGAUGAAAGAACGAGGCCAGCUGGUUGCUUGAUCGAUGGCAUUUAGCACCCAUCUUUGCGACCAGUAGUCAGGUUCCCACGGUCCAGUGAAGUCAAAAUCAACUUGGUCAUUGAAUUUUUCAACUUUGUAGCAUUCUUUCUUCGCUUUUGCAUGUUGCGCGCCUUUGCUUUUCGCGAGAUCGCAGGCAGGACAUCGGACUACUAUUCCUGGUAGACUACGAUGUCCAGCACGCUGAUGAUCAAGAAGCAUUUUCUCAGCCUUUGUCAUCAUAGUGGACUCUGUCUCGAUCUCUUCGCACAACAAACCCUUUUCACCUGGAUCUUCGUUGAACCCAAGUGCCACGGCCGGCAGCUUGGUUCCGAUCCCUUUGUGAAGAAAAAUUCUCUUUCCUGUCUUCCUACUUUGCAAGUAGUUGCCCCCUUCGUCGAAAACAACUCUAUAGCCUUCUUUCUUCAGUUGCUCGACACUGAGGAGGGUCUGUGGAAGGAAUGGAUGGAAUAUUGCACGCUUGCAACCAAGUGCGUUUGGUUUCAAUGUGCCAAAAUAUCCAGGGCCAUCCAACUCUUUUCCGUCUGCUACAGUUAUUCGCACUGGAUUACUGUCGUCCCAAGAUUCGAAAAUCUCUGGUCGGCCCGACAUGUGACUUGUUGCGCCACUGUCGCAAAUUGCAUCAUCGACACAAUUAAAAGCUGUUUCAUGAUUUCGGUGCUGCUCGUCCUUUUUAUUCCGAUGAGCAUCGUUCGCCUCGCGCACCUUCCUCAAUGCUGAUUCGCGAACGCUGUAGAGGUGUGCUAGCUUUCUUGCUGUGUACUCGGGCGAAUGAUUUUGCUCGCUUUCUUUUGCUACGAUUGAAAAUACUGCAUCUUGUGACAGAUUGCAUUUUUCAACUCGUUCGGCUUUGGACGCAUCCGAAACAUGAGAUCGAGGAAAUAAAAUCUUACGGAUUUCGCGAUCGGUCGACUCAAGAGCCUGGACUUGUUGUGUCAUAUUUGCCAUCUCUGGGGUUGCAAAUUGCUCAGCAAGCUCCAGCUCUGCUCUUUUUCGUUUUCCUUUCAGCUGUCUCGUUGGACCAGCUGCAUCAUUGGUACAAAUUUCAUCUUCAUUCUUAUCGAGAUUCGAGAAUAAAUCAUCCAUAUCGAUUAAUGAUGAAGAAUCUGGAUUGAAGAUGUCAAGCUUGCUGUCGAACACACAUUCAUCUUCUUCAAAAUGACUUGUAGUCACUGGUGGUUCAUCACCAGGUGGUUGUUCUUUUUGUGGGGGGUUCUUUUGGGGGGGUAUUUUUGUUAAAAAUUUAGUUGAAAAACAUCGCGAAUAAUUUGUAUUAUAACAUCGAGUUUUCGUCAGCCGUAAGAAUAGUUUUCUUACUUUUUGUAGUUUGUGUAACAAGCUACUUUUCUUCGAAACACCAUCUAAGACUCAGUAUUUCCUACCCUUCUUUCCUUUUCCUUUCUUACCUCCACCCUUCGGCUUGUCGUUGCCCUUGCGAACAGUAUUCGUGUUGUUACCCUUACCGGAAUUCUUAUUGGAAGACUUGUUAUUGACCUUAUUGCCGUUUUUGUACCAGCAAUCCUUGGUGUUGUGGGAUUCCGAAUUGCAAUUCGAACACCACUUGGAAUCUCCUGCGUAAUUGGCCGCAUGACUGUCGUCAUUGCUACCAGCAGUGUGAUUCUGGGUCAAGUUCGGAUUUUGCGCGAUCAGAUUCGCAGCGGCUUGCUGGAUCAGACUCGGCAUCUCUUUCUUCAACAUAUUGGAGAACAUCUGCUUCUCACGGUUCUUCUGAACGUGAUCCGGGCGCGGGCCAUGCUGGUUGCGAGAAUUCUUGUUGCGGACCAGAUUAGCUUUGUGCUUCGUGGUCUCUCCGUUGCUAGACAGAGCGCGUUCUUCCUCGACCAUAUGAUUCUUGGUUUCUUCGAAACUGAAUCCAUUAGCCAAGGCACGCUUGUUGCACUCAUCGAAUUCCUCGCGCAUGUUCCCGAAGAUACAGUGAUAGCGUAACUCUUCGGCCGUAACUUUAGCGCCCAGUUUGAAAUUCCAGAAGUUCUUCAGUUUGUCAAUAUGUUCUUCCACGGUUUCAUCUUCACCCUGCUUGCUGUUGAAAUAUUCCUUGAUCAACAUGCGGCGGGCACCGGCGGUCUGCGGGUUAGCCUUUUCCUUGAUCUGAAGCAUCAACCAGACUACACACGCGUCAGCCCCGGGCUCUUCCUGAAUGUCCUGAGCUUUGGCUCGGGCCUUUCCGGUUAAGGAUUUGAAUACUGUACCAUACAACUUCGCGUAAGCUGAGCGCACUUCGGUUGUGUAGGUGGGCCAGAAGUCGUUUUCGUGUUUGCCGUCAGCAACCCACUGGUCGCAGGCUAACUGAUCGACCUCAUCCCACUUGUCCAUGCAGACUUUUCCUUCUAAGUCCUCUUUGAACUGGGGACCGAUGUUCAACGAGAACGCCUGAGCGAUCACGCUACCCUUGAACGUCUGGAAGUCCUUUCCAGUUUCUCCCUCGUGUUCCGCGUCGUACAGCAUUCCGACGGUGCCGGAAGUGCUCGGACGAUGGUCAUCACCCGGCGCCCCCAUCUUUUCACGAUGAGCACGCGCGUCGCGGUUGUGUCGUCUGUUGUACUCGGUACACGCGUAGGCGGCUACCUGUACAAGAAAUUUGCAAUCGAAUUCAGAUGGUAUUCAGCAUUUCAAAUGCGAUCAUCUUGUUGAAUUCACGAUGCAAUUACAGACAAAAUCAGAAUUACGUUUAGACUUCUAUUUUCAAAAACCGAUGUAAUUCAGUACCUUUUUCGUGGCCUGCUGUCGGGUCCUUGCUCUUGUACCGGCCUGCUGCUCGGUGCGUUAAAUCCGCCGCCCAAAACUGUAAUAGUUUUUGUUGGGGAGGAUUAACAUGCGAUUUUUGUGCUCUUGCCAUGUGUGCUCGCAUUCAAAAUUUCCAAUGAUUUUAGAAAACAGACCGAAAAUAAGUACACUUUUAGCACCUGUCUUGUUCCUCGCUCGAUGCUUCGGCAAAGGUUACGGGCUUCGUAGCGCGCACCUUUGGUCGCUUUGUCUCUCUUGCACCUGUGUAGGUGUAUGAUUACAAAUUCUCUUUUACUUUCAAACAGCCUCUGACCGUGUAUCAGCAAUUGAUAUCACGGCAGCAAAUCACCACUGUUGGUUGAUUUGAACUCGGUGGCUGGGGGUUAUUUUGCCUAAAUUUUUAGUUCAAAUUCAAACAAAAAUUCUAUUCAAAAACACUACCAAAAAUUCAAAAUUUUCUUUAUUUUUCUUCGUGCUUUUAGUACCUUCCUGCGGGUCUUGGUGUGGUUGGUGGUUUGGUUCUGGUCCUGGCUUGGUAGGUGUUGUCGUGUUGCGGGGGGACCAGGCUUGGUAGUUGUUGUCGUGUUGGCACUGGUCGUGUCUUGGUGUCAGCGCUCAAGGCUGUGCCGUUAGAAUGUCAACCGAAUUUUCACGGUGUGAAGACAAUCAACGACGAAGAAACGCGGGCGGUGUGAACACUGGCCAUCUUGCAUGUCAAGCAGAAUCUAGGUGGGAUUCAGUGUUUCUUAGUCGCAAUCAAUCUAUGGUGACUAUCGUCGCAGCCUGUGGGGAAAAAUUUAGCGUUCCAAACAACACACAAAUUUUGAGUUCUCAGUCAAGGGGGUAAAACAUGAAAGUUCAAAUUUGUUCUAAUCACCCUAAAUUUAUGAAAAAUAUCAGAUCAACAAUCGUUGAUCGUCACUAGUAUACAGUGCGGGAUUAGAGUGAACUUCAUUUUUGUUCCUUCUCAUGAACAUCGUGAUUUGCAUGAGACCUCAUUUUGAAUCAUCAUCGUAGCAUCGUGAUUUACAUCGUGAUUUCAAUUUAGUCAAUUCAGAUCGGGAUGCUUGUCAAGAACAAAUUCUUGAUCAUGCUUACACUUUAGCACUUUCUUUGUUUUUUGCUUUUUGCAUCUGCUCGGUGACCACAACAAACCUUGAUACACAUGCACUACUCAAUACAGGUAUAAUUUAACUGCGUUAACUAGCCAAGCCUCUUCAGCAUCAUUCACAGGUACUACAAGGCUCUUCAGCAUCAUCGCAGUCUCCGACUAGGGAGGAAAACGACCCGUCUCCGGACAUGCGGAGGAGAAUGCCAGCCAUGCUGGGAAGUCGGACCUACAGCCCCCCAAGUGGUGCGGCAAAAAACGGAGUGAGCCCGGUGCUCUUCUAUUCCGGGGCGUCGCCCGACGACGAAGCGUUUCACCCGCUCGGGACUUCCACUGAGGAUUUGUUUGCAGACAAAGUAGUUGACGAGCAUGUUGAACAAGAGCAAGAGUGGCAUGCGCCGGUCUUUGGUGGUUUGAAUAGUGUUGCAGCGGGCAACAUUACAAGCAGAUCCUCAUCGACCAGCUCACUGACGAAGGAGAUUGAGGAGGCAAAAGCAAAAUUGUCAAAAUAUUCCGUAGCGCGAAGCCGGGUGACCACUCCUAUUGCCAGCGUUGUACCUUCUAGCGCAGAUCCGCUUAACGCGUCCAGGCCUAUUCCUCCACCGGCCGACAAACUGAGCUCCCACAGCAACGCUCAAGACCGCGACUUUCUGGUGGACAUUCUCGGCUCGUCGGAUGAGGUUUCGGAAUCGAUGCUCAGAACCUAUGCCGCAAUCAAAGAGCAGCUUCGUGAGCAAUUCAGCAGCGGAAUAGAGGAUAAUGAAGCAAAUGAAGGAUUCGCAUUCCAGCAUCAGUUUUGAU